GGCAGCGUCCUGACGCGGUAGCUUUCGGAAGGAAUUCCGCAGUGGCUGAUGGGAUUGUGGUGAUGUGGCCCCACCCCUUCCCCCCUCCCAGCCCCGGGAUGUCGGAAGAGACCAGACAGAAGAAAUUGGCUGCGGCCAAGAAAAAGUUGAGGGAAUUCCAGCAGAAGAACAGCCCUGGUGGUCCUGCAGUAGUGAAGAAGAAGAAAAAGCUGAAAAAUGACAGCACCCCCGAGACAAGCACUGCUGGAGAUGACCGCUCACCCGAGGAUAUUCAGGACAUUCUGAAGGUGCUGGUGUCCGACCUUAACCGUUCCAAUGGGGUAGCGCUCCCCUCAUUGGACAGAUGGCAGGCACCCAAAGACCAUGCUGCUUCUGCUCCACCUUCUGCUGAUGACACUGUGUCACCUGGCGGGGUCCCUUCCCCAGUCGCUGCUCUUACUAGCGUGGCGUCACUUCAGAACUGUGAUGCUGACAGUGACCCUAAUGUCGUGGACGAAGCCAAGACUUUCUCAUCCACCGAGAGCCUGCGACAACUUUCCCAACAGCUCAACGGUCUCUUGUCUGAGUCCACAUCCUACGUCAAUGGGGAGGGCCUCACGUCUGCUAACAUGAAGGAUCUAGAGAGCCGGUACCAAGAGCUAGCAGUAGCCCUGGACUCCAGCUAUCUAACAAACAAACAACUCAGUAGCAAGAUAGAGGAAUUGAAACAGCAGAACCAAGAUACUGUGCAACAGCUGGAAAAAGAGAAGCAGGAGUUUCAGCAGAAGCUGGCAAAGGAGCAGGUGUCCCUGCGGGAACAGCUGCAGGUUCACAUUCAGACCAUAGGCAUCCUGGUUUCCGAAAAGGCAGAAUUGCACACGGCCCUGGCCCACACUCAGCAGGCAGCCAGGCAGAAAGCAGGAGAGUGUGAGGACCUGGCCACGCGCCUGAAGUCUUCGCGACAGCGCGUGGGAGAGCUGGAGAAGACGCUGUCUGCCGUCUCCACACAGCAGAAGCAGGCGGAAAAGCACAACAAGGAGCUAACGGAAGAGCGCGACACCCUCAGGCUGGAGUUGUUCAGGAACAACAAAAGCAGCGAGGACCUGAAGCAGCACAACUCAGAACUCGAAGAGAGGCUUCGCGUCCUCGCAGCUGAGAAUGCUGCCCGCCAGCUGGGAGUGGAGGAGCUACAGAAGAAGCUGGAGAUGUCUGAGCUGCUGCUGCAGCAGUUCUCCAGUGGGUCUGUGUCCCAUGACGGUGACCAACAGUUUCAGCAGGCUGUGGAGGAUCGGGCACGGCUGGAGACACACGUGGGGCAGCUGACAGAGUCACUGGCACAGCUGCAGCUGGAGAGAGACCAGUACACAGAGAACCUGAAAGAAGAGCGCGCCGUGUGGCAGCAGAGGAUGCGGCAGAUGUCAGAGCAGGUGCACACAUUGAAGGAGGAGAAGGAGCGCAGCGUGAGUCAGGUACAGGAGCUGGAGAGCAGCUUGGCCGAACUGAGGAGCCAGAUGGCGGAGCCUCCAGCCCCACAGCCCCCAGCCGGGCCCUCUGGGGAGGAACAACGGCUGCAGGCAGAGGCUGAGCGGCUGCAGAAAGAGCUGGAGCGCCUGGCAGGACAGCUCCAAGCCCAGGUGCAGGACAACGAGAGCCUGAGUCGCCUGAACCGGGAGCAGGAGGAGCGGUUGUUGCAGCUGGAGCGCGAGGCCGAGGUGUGGGGCGAGCAGGCGGAGGAGCGCAGGCAGAUCCUGGAGAGCAUGCAGAGCGACCGCACCACCAUCAGCCGGGCUGUGUCGCAGAACCGCGAGCUCAAGGAGCAGCUGGCCGAGCUGCAGGAUGGCUUCAUCAGGCUGACCAAUGAGAACAUGGAGAUGACCAAUGCGCUGCAGUCAGAGCAGCAUGUCAAGAAGGAGCUGGCCAAGAAGCUGGGGCAGCUGCAGGAGAAGCUGGCGGAGCUCACAGAGAUGAUGGAAUUGAAGAGUCAGGAGGUGCAGGGUCUGCAGCAGCAGCGAGAGCAACUCCUGUCCCAGCUGCAGCAGUACACAGCGGCCUGGCAGCAGGUGACCUCCGAGAAGGAGGCGCUGCACAGGCAGUUCCUGGUGCACACGCAGCUCCUGGACCAGCUGCAGCAUGAGCAGAUGCAGGGCAAGACAGCCGAGGACAGGGCCCGCCAGGAGCUGCGGGAGACCCAGGAGCGCCUGGAGGCCAGCAGCAAGCAGAACCGCCAGCUACAGGCCCAGCUCAGCCUCCUGGCCCUACCUGGGGCAGGAGAGGAUGUGGAGGAGGAGGAGGAGGAGGCGGAGGAGGCGGAGGAGGAGGCCCCUCAGCGCGAUGUGACCAUCCCAGAGGACUUAGAGAGCCGAGAGGCCAUGGUGGCGUUUUGUAAUGCAGCUCUCUCCAGUGCCCGGGAAGAGCGGGCCAGGCUGCGUGGGCAGCUGAGGGAGCAGAGGGCGCAGUGCCGGCGCCUCGCCCACCUGGUGGCCAGGUCUCACAGUGAGCCUGGGAAGGAGGUCCCGACCCCCGGGAGCACAGGUGAAAGCGAGUCUGGGGAGAACCACCGGGCCCUGCAAGUGGCCAUGGAGAAGCUGCAGAGCCGCUUCCUGGAGGUCAUGCAGGAGAAGGCGGAGCUGAAGGAGCGUGUGGACGAGCUGGAGCACCGCUGCAUCCAGCUCUCUGGGGAGACGGACACCAUCGGAGAGUACAUCGCCCUCUACCAAAACCAGAGGGCGGUGCUGAAGGAGCGGCACCGUGAGAAGGAGGAGUACAUCAGCCGGCUGGCCCAGGACAAGGAGGAGAUGAAGGUGAAGCUCCUGGAGCUGCAGGAGCUGGUGCUGAGGCUCGUGGGUGAGCGCAACGAGUGGCAGGGCAGGUUCCUGGCCGCCGCCCGAAGCCCUGCCGGGGAGCCCGCUCCGGGGCCUGGAGACGCCCAAGGACUCGGUGCUGCCACGGCCGAGCAGGGUGACCUUCUCGAGGUGAACCUUGCCGACAGUGCCGAACCUGCACAGGACGUGGCCGGGCCGGGCUCGGCCCCCGAGAACCCCACGGCGCGGCAGAUCAUGCAGCUGCUGCGUGAGAUCCAGAACCCCGAGGAGCACCUGGGCCUGGGCGGCAGCCCGUGCAUCCCCUUCUUCUACCGGGCGGACAGGAACGACGAGGUGAAGAUCAUGGUGAUCUGAAGAGGCCGAGCGCCAGGCCUAGAGGAGUGGGGCAGGGAUGGCCCCACUGCCCCCACUCAGUCCCUGCCACUCUAGCCAUGCCACCUUUUAUCUUUAGAGUAGUAAGAGAAACUGAAAAAUUAAAAUUUACAAAAACUAAAAAAAAAAUUUUUCAAAUUAAAAAUUGAAAAAAAAUUGAAAAAAGUAAAAAGAAAAACAAUAGGAAAACAAAAAGACCCCCUGUCUCACUGGGGACACGGACAGGUGCAGAUCCUUUGCCGUACUGGCCAGCGUCUUAUUUUCUGGACUCCUGUUCAGAGAGCCGUAGCCUCAGCCACCGGGGCCGGGGCUCCUGGUGGCCUCCUCGCCCUUGCCGAGCCCUCCCGCAGUGGGGGACCCCCAUUCUCUCGCUGUGGACAGCUCUUGCCCAGGUGGGACUCCCUGGAGGCCAGGCGAGGCCACUCCAUCUUUCUGUCCUGUGGAUGGAGCCCAGGGCCUGGCCCCUGGCCCUCGGCCCCCAGCCCCAGCCCAGUUCGAGGCUUCGAGGCGCUCUGGAGCUGGCCAGUCGGGCAGGCAGUGAAGCCGUUCAUUCAGGGGCCCCGCCUCCGGUGCACUUUCCUGCAGGGCAGUGGGGCGGUGCCCUCGCAGCCCGGAGAGGGAAGAGGCUGCUGCGUGGGCUUCCCGCCCCGUGUACAUACUGUACCUGUGUAACAUUUUGUAUAUUCCGGGGGAGGGCCGCCCCCCUGUAUCAUAGAGGCUGGAGCUGGUGGAUGGGGAGCAGGUCCUAUAAUUAUUUGGGGCUGGGAAACUUAUUUAUUGGUAGCAGAGAACAGAGGAAGGAGACGGGGACGGGGUUGUGGUGCCCUGGUGAUGCGGCUCCUGUUUAUUUUGCUUUUUCUUUGGAAUAAAUG